AUGUCGUUUACUAUUCUCUGCACUUUUGUUUUAACGUUUUAUGUUGUUAUCUGGUUUUUUGAUUCAUUCUUUAAGAGUUGUAUGCACUACCCCUACUACGCAUUUUUGGAUGGAACAGGUCUAAAAGUUGGUAUUUUCAACUUUUCAUGGACAACCACAGCUUGUAACAGAUUUAUUUACAGAUGGAGUAAAAAUUUAAACAAAAUUUUGAAGAAAUGGUUUGCAUUUGGUUACAUUUUUACAAUUGGAAUAUUCCUUCCAUUCGCUCUAUGGACACUACUUUCGUUUAUUUUCGAGCACUUCUAUGAGACAAUACAAAUAAACAGUGUUCCUGAAGUAAAGGCUGUACUGCCCGGUGUAAAUAUACCUGCAUCGGACUUCUGGGUUUACUUUUUAGCUAUCGGAUUCUGUUCAAUGUUCCAUGAAAUCGGCCAUGCUGCUGCAGCGGCGCAGGAAGACGUCCAAUUAAUAGCAAUCAGUGUAUAUGUAUUUACGAUUAUACCUAUAGCUUUUGUGCAGCUAAAUACAGAACAUUUGAAUAGCUUGACCAUAGCCAAGAAAUUGAAAAUAUACUGUGCAGGAGUGUGGCAUAAUAUUGCCCUAGCGUUUUUAGCAUUGCUUCUAUUUUUCUCCGCUCCUGUGCUAUUUAGUUUAGUAUAUCAAACUGAUGUUGGAGUUAGAGUUACCAGUUUCAGUCAUGAUUCUCCCUUACAAGGUGCAAGAGGCCUAGAAGAUAAUGAUGUCAUAUUAUCAAUUAAUGAUUGCACUGUUAAAAAUUAUAACGAUUGGUCAUAUUGCCUACGAGUGGCACAUGAUCGCUUCGGAAUUUGCACAAGUGCCGAAUACAUUGCACAAAAUGAUGAAAUUAUGAUGGAGACGAUUAAAGAGAAUGAUGUUGUUGAGUGUUGCAGGAAAGAUGAUUUGUAUGGUUUUUGCUUUGAGUAUAUGGAGCCCAAAACUAUUGUGGACUCGGCUUUACCUGGUCAAUACUCCUGUUUAAAACCAAGAGAUAUGAUUAAAGGUAAACUAUUGAAAUGUACAGAACCAAAUGGAUAUACCUGCCCUCGGAACAUGCACUGUUUGAAGCCAUCACUGAACAAUCAAACAUAUCUCAUUAUAAUCGAGAGGAAAGAUAAUAAUGCAGUGUUAUAUUUAGGGCUACCAUAUGACAUACACUCGAGCGUCUUCGUAGAUCAAUACUUUCCGAGGAGCUCUAUAUUUUCAUUCUUUUCACCGUCUCAAUUUGAGAAAUUAUUAAGAUAUAUAUUCAUAUUCUCUAUGGGUAUUGGUUUUAUUAAUGUUCUACCAUGCUAUGGGACUGAUGGACACCAUAUUGCAAGAAGUAUUAUUCAAUGGUUGGCUGUGUAUUUAAACAAGAAUGGUGAUUUUAUUACAUUUUUCACUGUGUUCACUGUUGUCGUCGGCACAGGAAUCACAGUGCCCAUUCUCAUUUACCUCUUCUACCGAGCCAUUUAUAUUGACGGCUAUUGA